GGACCCCAGGGACACAGGAAGGGAGCAAAGCUCGCUGGACUAGCCGAGCAGCGCAUCAUCAUCUCCGGUGUAGGACUGGCUGUCGAGUCGCAUGGAGAAGAGGUAUGAAGAGCUGGUGCACUACUCAGGGUCGGAGGGCAUGUCGUUGGGGGGGUACGGGGAUGAUGUCAGGCCGGUUCAUCCCCCACAAUACGGACCCACCAUCCCUGACUCCCUCAAGCACCACAAAGACCAGAUCUAUGGUCACCCACUGUUUCCACUGCUGGCCUUAGUGUUUGAGAAGUGUGAGCUGGCCACCUGCUCCCCUCGAGACUCCGCCUCCCUCUCAGCCACCUCCCACCUCCACGGCAUGACCAAUCACAGCGACGUCUGCUCCUCCGAAUCCUUCAACGAUGACAUCGCUGCGUUUGCUAAGCAGAUUCGUUCAGAGAAACCCAUAUUUUCCUCCAAUCCUGAGCUGGACAACUUGAUGAUCCAGGCCAUACAGGUUCUUCGCUUUCAUUUACUGGAGUUAGAGAAGGUGCAUGACCUGUGUGAUAACUUCUGCCAUCGCUACAUCACCUGUCUGAAGGGCAAAAUGCCCACAGACCUGGUCCUGGAUGAGCGGGAGGGCGGCUCCAAGUCUGACAUGGAGGACUUCACUGGAUCCUGCACCAGUCUGUCAGAGCAGAAUGCAUCAUGGCUUCGGGAGCCAGAUGAAUGUGCCUCUACUCCUCUGGGAACACCAGGCACCUGUGGCCUGCCUUCACACAGCACAGCAGACAACUGUAGCGACACAGGCGAUGGUCUGGAUGGAGGAGUGGCCUCGCCCAGCACAGGAGAGGAGGACGAGUCUGACAGAGACAGGAGGAACAACAAGAAGAGAGGGAUCUUCCCUAAAGUGGCCACAAACAUCAUGAGAGCGUGGCUCUUCCAGCACCUGACGCACCCGUACCCAUCUGAGGAGCAGAAGAAGCAGCUGUCGCAGGACACGGGACUGACCAUCUUACAGGUCAACAACUGGUUCAUCAACGCCAGGAGGAGAAUAGUUCAGCCGAUGAUUGACCAGUCAAAUCGCUCAGGUCAGGGUGGUCCCUACAGCCCGGAGGGAGCAGCUCUCGGGGGCUACGGGCUUGACGGACAGGCCCACCUCGGUCUUCGAACAGCAGGUCUCCAGGGGAUGUCUUCUCUGCAGGGUGACUAUUCCAGUGCUCUCCUGUCCCAGCCAGGCUACCCUCCCCACCCAGGACCUUCCCUCCACCCAUACCCAGGCCCACACCCCCACCCUGCCAUGCUGCUCCACCCGCCACCACACACACAUCCCGCAGAGCCGCUCCUCGCGCAGGGACUGGACAUACACGCACACUAG